CACCACCACCUUCAACACCACCACCACCACCAUUACCAUUACAAGUUCUGUAUGUAGUCCCUUCUCCGCUUUGACGCUUUCAUUCCUCACUCCCUCACUCUCUCUUUCUUUCUCUUUCGCUCUCUCUCUCUCUCUCACACACACAGUUUGGUUACAGCUGAAAUAUCAGCCUUCACAUUUUCACUUCGAUUUCAUUGCAAUUCUCUUUUACUAAACACUAUUUUUACGGAUUUUUCUUCAAGACAUUUUGGACCCACACAUACAAAAAAGCAAAAAGCACCUUUUAUUUUCCUCGAAGACGUUUGGCAACUUUUACACGCUGUCUCAAUGUUUUUCACGCCUGGAUUCCAACAUUACACAGUACAGCUGUUACCUUCAUCUAGAGUUGUGAAUUGAGGUGUACAAUAUAGGAGAAUUACAUGCAACAGUUAAAAAUCAAAGGAAAUGUGUACCAAAAUAAACCGGAAAACAGCCAAUUUCACACUGAUGAUGCAACAAUAACAUAUAUUGUGAGAAAUAUGCCCCACUUCCGCCACCUUAAUAAAAUUGACCAUCAAAAACUGCUUGAGGAUGACAUUGGUAUCCAGUAGCAGAUGAUUGGAUUUAUAAAUAUCUGGAAAUUUAGAGAUAUACCACAGCCUUCCCACUCCCCAAGAGUGGAGAAAUCUAUUACUAUCUGAAGUGGUUCAACAUCCAUAACUACCAAUUUCUUAUAAGCGCUACUACCUUCAAGACUAUUACAGUUGUCAACAAGGAAUAUUCCAUCUUUCUAUGUAUCAGAAAUUUUCCCGAGGAUGCUGAUUUCUUUGCCACAGUUGUUUCCUAAUCUUUCAGUAUUCUUUUAAUUAUACUGCCCAAUUCUCACUCACUGAAGAAUAUGCUCAGUAUAUUGAUAUAUGAGGCAGAAUACCGGCAUUAUGCAUUAAAAAGGUUGUUUUCUAAUUUGAAAGACAUUCACCGAUAACAUUGGCACAUGUUGUACGCUACAGAAGCGACAACAUGGAAACUAUUUUGCAGAUAUCUCUUUCCUGGUUAAUUCUUGCUUGCAUAUUACAAUCUUUACUAUUGUACAUACCCACAGUUGCUGGUUAUUCCAACGAUACAAUAUUAUUAAAAUAUGUCCCAGCCUCUAAGACAUUCAUUCAGUCUCAUGGCUUAAUGCAUAUUCCAAUCAAGAGAACUCGGACCAAUUUAGAGAUAUCACCUUUAGGCUCCAACAGAAAAAUUGGACGGCUUAAAAAACAAGAGUUUAAAAUCUCACACAUGUCUGCUGCAGAGUUAAAAUGUAGAUAUAGAAACAUCCUUUACAAAUUAUUCUCUACCAAAAAUCUACCAAUCAGAAGCAUAAAAUAUAACUGCCACGAUACAGUUUCCAACACACAACAACCAAUUGAUGGUUAUUCUCCGCAGUUGCAUUUGGGACGUUUUAAGCGGUCUGCAGACAGUUUACGAACUCAAGCCAAGAAGAAGGCAAAAAGGAAAUCUGCUGAAGAACAAAAUGUUUCCUCCAACAAUACUCUAUCCACUAACAACAAUCUCCCCAACCCAACUCCGAAAAUUACUAAACCAACAAAAACUGCUGCUUCCUCCAGCCAUAAUCCACGGCGUAAGACUAAAAAACAAACAGAAACUGCUGCUUCCUCAAGCCGUAAUCGGCGGCGUAAGACUACAAGACCAACAAUAGCUGCUGCCUCUUAUGUUCGUAAGCCCCGUUCUAAGAUUAUACAGCCAACAGCCGCUGCUUCAUUAAUCUAUAAUCCACGAUCCAAGGUUAUAAAUCCAACAGCGGCAACCUCAUCUCGAUCUAAGAAUAUAAAGCCAACUGCAGCUGCAUCCUUCGUCCAUAAUCCUCCUGAUAAGAUAACACCAACACCAACCACCAGUUUUAUUAAAACUACAAUGAUUACAGAUGUUGACACUAAAAGUAUUCCUUACAAAACACAGCAGCCAACAGCUUUCUCUUCAUUGCCAAAGAUUGUUUCUUCAUCAAUUCCAUUACCCCAGAGUUCCAUCACAGCUUCAAAAUCAGAAGCUAUUCUUUUGUCUUCCAGUCACAAAACAGCUUCAACUUCUUUGUUUGUUCAAUCAACAUCAUCAGCUCCUCAAAGUAAACCUUCAAUGGCAAUGGUGACUCCCAUUUAUAAUUCCUUACCAUUAAAUACAGUCACCACUUCCACAAAUAUUCACCCUGUAACUAGUUCCAAGUUUGAACCUAGUGGAUUAACUUCACAUCUUUUGCAUUCUGGUAGCGAAGGGCCUCUAAUGACCAAAAUGCCAACACCAUUUAUAACCUUACAACUGAAGAACGACUCAACUGAUACCAACACUCAACCCAAAACUGAAAACUCUCUUCACUUGACCCCAACUUAUGCCCCGACAAAUAGACGGUCAAAGAAGAAUGUAUCACUUCUAAGUAAUCAGCUGCGCACUGCAUCACUGUCAACUUCAAACAUUGUUCUACUGUUGAACAAUUCUUUAUUGGCUACCUUAGACACCAAACAGAGUUCCUUGCCAGUUCAGACAACCACAGUCCACAAUCCAAAUUUAUCCUCAAAGACCCUCAAACUUGAUUCAACAACAAAAACACUUUCCAGCAAUAAUAAUUCAAGACUACUGACAAAACCUGUCAAUGAAGAAACUACAGUUAUUUCUAAAUCUUCUCUUCCUCCCACUAACAGUCUAUUCAAAUCUUUUACUCUUCACCCAAAUACAGUUUCCAGCAGUCAAUUAUUUACACUGCUGCAACCAACACCAAAUACUGGUUUUAAUUCUACUAGUUUUAGUCAGACAUUUCCAAGUUCUAAAUACAAAUUUUUUGUCAGCACAAACGGGGCCUCUGUUGAAAGUAAGGCAACAGCUUCACCUACUGCUGGCUGGACUAAAAACACAUUAGAAACCAAAUCCAAUACCUUUACAACAACAAUCGCAACAAUAUUCAAGCCACUACAAACUUCGACAUCUGACCCUUCUACUACAAACUUCAGUGUAAAAGAACGUAAGGGCACUCAAAACUCUUACUUAAUUGUCCCAGAUUGGAAAGCAGCAAAGCAGGAGUGGAAAGCGGCUUGGCACGUUCACAUUUAUACUUUCGGUUCUCUGUUUGCUCUUCUUGCCAUUUAUCUGUUGAUCUGUCUACUGCGACUGCGACAUACUAUACACUUACUAAGCAACUACUACUUUGUGGCAGUAAAUCUGCUCCUCUUUACAUUUUGUCUGUUAAGAGCUCUGUUCUUGCUGGUUGAUGGUUACAACUCAGACCACACAUACCAUUAUCUCAUUGGAUUCCUCUUAUUUUACUUGGCAUUUCCUUGCCUUACAUCAGCAUUUGCAUUAAUCUUUUAUGCCUUCCUUAAAACUGCCAAAGUUUAUUAUUUGUCAUCCAAAUUCCAGUGUUUGCCCUUAUUAAUUACUAUUAUAGUCGUUCAUUUUAUCCUGCCCAUCACUGCUGCAAUACUCAUUGGACUGUCCCUUUCUGUCAACAUUUUUCUGUUUGUCUGCCAAAUAUUCUUUGUGCUCUGGGGUCUUUCUCUUUUCUUGGGUUACAUAUAUGUUUACAAAAGAUUGCAUUUUGCUGCUGAGAAAAGACAAAAACUCUUGCUUCAACUCCGUGAAGCCAAAAUCCACAUGGACAACUAUACAAUAUACAAGGAACGACUCACCCUCUGCCUUGGUGUAACUGUUGCUCUUUUUAGUUCCAUUAUUGGUACAUUUUGUACAUGUCUACAAGUAUAUUCAGCUCUGUAUUUCUUGGGCAUUUUCCCAAAUGAACUUCCAAGAGCUUGGCCCUGGUGGGGUUAUCAAACUGCUGUUCGUUUCUUUGAAUUCUUGUUUUGUAUAAUAACUACUUAUAUAAGCACGCUUCCCUUUAAGCAUCGUAGCAAAUAUGGCUGCGACCCUUGGUUUUACUGUUCGUCUUACACAUGGUUGUGUCGCAAGGAAAACAUGUGGAAUUCUCAUAAAGACAUCAGCUGGACCAACAUGGAUGAAAACAUAAGUAGCAUUGGAAUUUCAAAAGACACACGGCGCAAAGAAAUCAAAGCUGCUGGUUAUGAAAUAAUUCCGUUAACAAUUUCUCUGAGUCAAGAAAGUGAAAACUUAGCAUUGGACGAGCCUGACUCGAUGCUUAUCGUUCAAAACGGUUUUGUCCGUUUCCGUACUGAUGAAGAGCUGGAAGAGUUGCGUCAAAGCCCAAGAGUACCAAGAAUGCAUGCUGUAGCACCAAUACCUGUCUCAAUUCCCAAAGUUCCCAAAACUCUUCAGUGGAGCAACAGUAACAGCAGCAAGUGCCACCAAAACAACGGCUUCCAGUCAAAGGAUGCCCUUCUUGGUAGUGGCUCAUCUCCAGAGUGUUUGUCCUCCUCGACCUCUCCGUCAUCAUCCCAAUUCAAUCGUGUGAGUACUGCCGGAAGUGAACUUACAUUUAAGGCGCCAUCACUGAGUUUGGCCAGCAGCAUCGACAAGGAACUGGAGCAUUUUUUUCACCACUCAAGUCACAGGUCUCUUUCUAGCGUCACAUCUGCUGACGUACUAGCAAUUAACGAGGACACGUCUAGUGAGAAUUCUGUCUUUCAGGCUGAUGACAAUGCUGACGGCAUGGAAACCGGUGAUGACCUCUCCAAGCAAAUACCUUCCUUCUUUCUGACGGAGGAACCUGAUGACAGUUUAAACACGACAGACUGUAGUCGGAACGAUAAUCUAAAUUUAACCAGCUACCCCUUUCAUAACUCAAAUCCCCAAAUCACGAACGUUUAGACUUUUUUUCUUUUCAUAAAACAACAACAAUAACAAUAAUAAUAAAGCGAUGAUGAUGAUGAUGGUGAUGUACAAAUGAAACAAGGUAAAAAUAGAUCGUUUGAGAAAGAAGGUGAUGUUUGUGGUUAUAGUGACUGAAAAAGAGAGAGUGGUGGUCGGGGGAGGGAGUGGGGGGGAGAAGGAGUUAAUGAGAGAAGCAAGAAAGAAAGUGGAAAGAAAAGAUAAACUAUGAUGGCUGUGAAUAAUUUUUUUUUUUUAAAUUCAAUGAAAAAGACAGAUUACAUUAUGAAGUUUCAUGUAUGGUUGAGAUUUUUCAAGAACUGAGAGUUUUUUUAAAAAUAUAAUUACAUGUGCAUGUGUGCGCACAUUCACACAAACUCACUCACUCUUUCAUAUGUAGAUAUAUAUACAUAUAUGUAAUAUAAGUAAAUGGAUUCCCAUUGAUUUCUGUGGGGUUAUUCCAGUUGUUUAAUCAGUGAAACUACCUAUUCACUGAAUUAUGGUGUUAGUGGCUGAGUAUUCCACAGACAUUUGUCCCAUUAAUUUAAUCCUCAGACAAUUUAAGGGUUGCAUGACAUGUAGCAUGAUUGACCCCUUUUUUAGUUACCAGUCCAGUCCGGUCCAUUCAGUCCAUUUACCAAAGUUUCACACAUACAGUCUCCAUUAUGCCUAGUCAUUUUAUUCACAAGACUUGGGUUGAUUCGAGGCCCUGGAAGAAACUUGUGCUGCACGGUGGUAUUGAACCUGAAACUUCAUGAUUGAAAAACAAACUUUUUAAUCAGUGAACUAUGUACACAUAAAGAAAUCACACGUGUGUGACCACGGAAGUACACGUAUACACAUGCACUUGGAUGCACACAUACAGACCAGCAUACACUCACAAACAUGCCCACAAAUUUAUAUUGAGGUUGUAAUCCCCAUUUUUAAAGCCUUCUAUGGACAAUGCUUUUUCAUUCAUCUUGGCAUUCAUUCUAUGUGAUGUUAUAUAGGGCCGCAUCCAUAUGUGGUCAGCACCUAAGUAUUUUUAGAAUUCAUGGUCUCAGCCUCUAAUUACACAAAUAUGUAGGUACAGAAUGUAUGGGUGCCUCUGUGUGUGUGUGUGAAGUCAAAUCAAAUAAACAAAAUUAGCAAUAACAAACAACAAGAGAAGAAGCAUAAGAAAUGUAAUGGUUUGACUCUUGGUAAAAAGAGAGAGUUUUUGACAUUUCGAGCAUAGAUCUUCAUCAGAAAGGAAAAAGGGAAAGGUCCAAAGAAGGAAAA